AUUUGGCGUUUGUAAUCCAUUCGCAUAUAAAGGCAGAGAGACAUAGAAUCGUCAGCAAUACCAUCUUUUGAAAAAAUGUCAUCUACAAACUCUCGCGUUCUUGUUACAGGAGUAAAUGGUUACAUUGGUGCUCAAGUCGCCAACGCAUUUCUCGAAGCUGGAUACAGCGUGAUUGGUACUUCUCGAAAAGCCGCUAAAGCACAAAAACUCAAGGAUUUUUUUCGAAAGUUUGGUGAAGAUAAGUUUGAGGUUGCUGAAGUUGCUGACCUUGAAGAUGAAGGAGCAUUCGAUGAUCUAGUUAAACGUGUUGAUGUGAUUGCACAUGUUGCGUCACCGACCUUUCAACAAUCAGACGAUCCGCUUCGUGACAUUAUUGGAAAGGCUGUCAACGGCACUCUAAGUGUACUUCGAUCUGCUACUGCACACGGCAAGAAUGUCAAACAUAUCGUCGUCACAUCCAGUGUUGCCGCCGUCAUCAAUAGCCCUAACCCACCUGAGUAUUCGCACACUGAGAAGGAUUGGAAUGAAACGGCUUUCCCUACCGUCCAGCGAAGUAUAGAAAAUGGUCAUUCCGUUCCACACAUGGUUUCCUAUGCAGCUAGCAAGGCUGAAGCAGAGCGCGCGUUGUGGAAGUACUAUGCAGAAGCUAAACCUCAUUAUAAGUUGACAACCAUACUACCUUCGUUUGUCCUAGGCCCUAUCUUGCCACCACCUGGCAGCGGCUCUGAGCUUAGCGAUACCACAGCGCUUCUGGCGAUUGAUUUUUACACUGGCAAAAACCAAGAUCCUACAUUCUCCUUUGGCUCAAAUAAUUUUGUAUCCGUAUUAGAUGUGGCCAAGGCGCAUGUGAAGGCUGCAGAAGGAGGGGACAAAACCGAUGGACAGCGAUAUAUUUUGAGUGCCAGAGGAUUUUCAUUCCAAGAGGUGGUUGACGUUUUCCGCAAAGCAUAUCCCGAUCGCAAAAAUAUCAUUGCGGAAGGUCAACCAGGAGUGUAUUCUCCAUCCAGCAAGACGAUUGAUGGUAGCAAGGCUGCAAGAGACCUUGAUAUUGUGUAUGCAGGUCUUGAAAGCACGUUGUUAGAAACUAUUGACAGUGUCAAAAAUGCAGUGUAGUGGGAAUAUUUUUGGCAGGCCGGACAUGUUGAACCAAUAUUCAUAGGCCAUUUCGUUUUUACUGUACUUUUUUCCAAUAAAUGCGUGAAGCAUCAUGAAAAUUUUUGAGCCCAAAACGAUGACACAUGAAUCGCAGCACAUUGUAGCACAUAAUAUCGCGGCCCGUUGAGAGACGGCACUGUGCAACAAUCACAUCCGCUACAUCCGCUAAUGGCAGUCGUCCCGAUUCUACCGCAUAAGUUAUCGCACUAGGUAGCACGGUCUUUCCUUUGGAC